AUGGAGCUGCAAUUGCGUCGUUGGCUACGCUACUCGCUCAUCUUCGGACUCUAUAUGAGUCCAACGCAAGAAACGCAAUAUAUAAACAGACGAACCACGCCCAAGAAGCGACUUGCAUGGCUCGGACGCAGACAAAUACUACAACCACAACAUUUGAAGAUAAUUUACCUGCACUUGCUCUUAAUUGGUAUCUGUGUAGUCUUUGUAAAAGCAAUCGCCUCACGCAAACCUAUACCCGGCAUAGCCAGUGAGGUAGUGACCACUAUGAUCUUAAGCUUACAAGCGGUGUCGAGUCUUAUUAUUGCUGCCGAGGGACUCUGGUGUCCACAGCAACAUGAAACAUUCUUGAGAUUACUUCAAGAAAUUGAAUUCUCACUGAAAUUGCGGCUGAGAGAGAACGUUAAAAUUCAUAGUUUGCCGUCGCGUGUGCUCUGGCUUUUGAAAUAUAUGCUUUGGCUAUCGCUCAUAUGUUUCGGCAUGGCGAUCUAUAAUUUUAGACAACUACAACAUGUGGGUUAUUUCUGGUACUCGCUUGGGUAUAACGUGAUCAUGCGUUUGCGUAUCAUACAGUUGUGUGUUUAUGUUUGUGUGUUGGGUCAUUAUAUGGAGUGCCUUUGUUUGAAAUUGCAACAGCUUGUAGCAUACCGUACGGCACCAAACCAACAGUUGUUGGAUAUUGAUUAUGAAAAACUGAAAACCCCAGAAUAUCUUCGGGAUAUUAAGCAUGUCUACGAUUUACUCUAUAAAGCAUUUGAGCAACUCAAUGCAUUCGCCGGUUGGUCACUCUUUACAAUAAUAACCUGUUAUAUUUUGGACUAUGGUUCUGCUCUCUACUGGGUGCUGCUCAGCUGGGAGGGAUAUCUGGAAAGUUGCAGCUAUUAUGUACCAGGCUUUUGGUGGCUUCUGCCAAUGACUGCUAUCAUCUGGCACAUUUGUUAUAUGUGUCAUAAUUGCAAGCAAUUGGAUCGUCUGUUAGCCACCAACUUACGCCGUAUAAUAAUAAUGAGUUCCUCGCAGUCAAAGUGCUCGUUUCGCAUUUUUCUACAGCAAUUCUCUACACAAUUAGAGCUGCAGUGCAUCGAGGUGACCGCAAAAAGUUUCUUUAUUAUAGAUUUGCGUUUAUUAAUGUCGGUUUUAGUAUCUGUGACUUCAUAUAUGGUGAUGUUAAUACAAUUUUUAUAUAAUUAA